CGCAAAUAUAUACCAGGCUGCGCUGUUCGAAUGCUCAGUUGUUGUCCAGAGAUCUACCGUGAACCAGAGUAUGCAUAUUCGCCUCAAGGCCCUUCUUUUUACUACGAGUAUUGCGACCCUCCGUCUGCAGGACGGGCGCAAACAUCAAGCGACCCGUUGUUCUAAGUACGCGUUUAACGACGACUUUAGAGAAAACCAUCUUUAAACAUUCUGCUUUGUGGUCUUUUAGCCGUUUAUAUGUUCAUAAGUGGCUGGAAGAGGAGAAGUAUUAUUACAGUGAGGAUUUAAAUUAAGCCAGAUAUCUACUCUUGUUGUCUGACUUUCCUGCUGACUAAGCAAAGCACAAAUUUUAAAAUGAAGCCUGCACUAAAGCCCAUAGACCCUGAUAUGCCAUUGACAUACAAACUGCUGACAGCAGGAACUGCAGCAUGCAUAGCAGAUUUUGCCACAUUUCCUCUGGAUACAGCUAAAGUUCGACUCCAGAUUCAGGGUGAAGGCCGUCCCCUUGUAGCCAUGGAAAAUGGCAGUGCACUUCUUGUCCGCACUGCAAAUCUACGAUAUCACGGGCUAGUGGGAACAAUAGGGACUAUAGCUCGUGAGGAAGGUGCAAGGAGUUUGUACAACGGGCUGUCAGCGGGUCUGCAGCGCCAGAUGUGCUUUGCUUCUGUCCGUCUGGGACUCUACGAUUCCGUCAAGAGCCUGUACCAGCAACUGCUAGAUGGUAACUCUCGGGCUGGUGGGAUGCACAUUGGAACACGUGUUGCAGCUGGUAUUACAACAGGUGGUCUUGCUGUACUUUUAGCACAGCCUACAGAUGUUGUAAAAGUUCGGUUCCAAGCUCAGCAAAGAGGGAAUGCUGAUGUACGAUAUAAGUCUACAUUACAGGCUUAUCAAAAGAUAGCUACAGAGGAAGGAAUGCGUGGUUUGUGGAGAGGAACAUUCCCAAAUGUGAGUCGCAAUGCGAUAGUGAAUGUCUCUGAGAUUGUCUGCUAUGAUCUAGUCAAGGACACCUUUAUUAUGUAUAACAUAAUGUCAGACUCACUGCCAUGUCAUUUUGUAUCAGCAGUGAUUGCAGGUUUUUGUACAACAGUGGCUGCAUCCCCAGUAGAUGUAGUGAAAACACGCUACAUGAAUUCUGCUCCAGGAGAGUAUAAAGGAGCUGUUGACUGUGCUGUGCGUAUGCUGUCCCAAGAAGGGCCUGCAGCAUUUUACAAAGGAUUUAUGCCAUCCUUUUGUCGUCUGGUAAGCUGGAAUAUAGUAUUGUGGAUUACGUAUGAGCAAAUGAAGAAGAUGGUGAUCAGUGCUCAUCAUCUUGAUAAGGAUGACUAAUUUCAGAAGACUUACAUCAAAAUUUUCUUUUCUCAUAGAAAAAUGUUAACAAUUACGUUAGAAUUUAUUAAAUGCAGUAUUUAUUACUGAGGUAGUAUUGUGUAUUCUGUGUACUAGGUGUCUGGUAUAUUAAUUUUUCAACUCUACUAUUGCAAUCAUUUUUCCAGCAACUAAUCGAUACUGUACCAUAUUGCACAGAAACUAAAUUAAGCAGCAGGUUUUAUUGCAUGACAAUGUAAGUGAGAAAUUCAUUUUAGAGUGUCUGUAUUGUUUGUAGGUAUAUUAUGAAGCACUUUUUGUUAGGAAAAUGGAGGUAUCAGCUUACAAAAUUUUGCAUGUAUUAAAAUUAGAAGAGGUUAUAUUGCAUUAAUCAAAUUUCAUAAGUACAGUGCAAGCCAUAGCAAAUUUUUUUGAAAAUAAUUUGAAAUUGCAGUGGAGGCUUCUGCUUACACCAUUUUCUGAUUAUCAUUGAUCAAAAAUGCUAAAAAAUGUUUUGUUCAUUGCUUGAUUGACUUAUUGUAGAAGCAGUACUGAUUGACAGAGAUGCUGGUAAAAUUAUUGUGACUUAAUAUUAUUUAGUAGAUUGACUGUUCUCUGAAAUUUUAGUUGAAGAAGGGCUUUUUAGAUAGUGUUCUUUCACAGAUUUGUGCUUAUUAUUUGUACAUCAUAUUUAUUAUAUAUUUUAUGUAAUUAAAAAAUUUUUAUUGAGUUAUUCACUUCUUUAUAAGAACAAGACUAAGUUUACUUCUGCACAAGUCAAAUAUCAACAGCAUAAAAAAUAUUUUGUGCUAGUUAUAUUAGUUUUUGCUCUGCUGUCAUAUGUCCAGGUGUAUCACAAGUCAGCAUUUUGUAAUUUUCCAUUACUACUUACGAAAUUAAAGAAUAGUGUAUUUGUAAACUAAUAAUGUUGAAGACUGCUGUGUAUUCAUUCUGUUACAUUUCACGAAACAAAAUCAUUGAAAAGCAUUAAUGUGUUCAGCAUUCAUAGUUAUCUCUUUUUCCUUUAACAUGACUGAACGAAGUGAGAAACACAAUUUGUGGCAACUUCUAGUACUGCACGGUUCCAAGCAUCACCCUUUAUAUUGAUAAUGGCUGUGCUAAGAAACUGAUUGUUUAAUACUGUCAUUAUUUUAAAAUAAUAGCGUCAUCUUAGAGGCAAUCUGGUGCAGCUUAACAUGUAGAAUCAAAAUUGGGAAUUAACUGUUCUCAAUGGCUUUGAUUCUAAGAAUGAGAAGCAGUCAUCUAUCUCCUUCAAAAUGCAUAAUGCCUAUUUUGCAACUGAUGAACUACAUAAUUAUAUUGAUACAGUGGUUAACAACAGCCAAAACAAUGAGUUUAAAUAUUGAGAAGAAGUAUAUUUUUGGAUACCGUUUUGUCCAUUCAUUUACAAAUGAAACUAUGGGCCAACAAUUAGUUCAUUUAAUCUAGAUUCUCCAUUCAUUGAAUGCAGUUGUUUAUACAUAGUUUUUUAUAUAGUAAUUAAAAUCAAAUGAAAUACGUCCUUGGAUACAGCAAGUGGAUUACACAGGUCCAAAAAAAUGGUUCAAAUGGCUCUGAGCACUAUGGGACUCAACAUCUUAGGUCAUAAGUCCCCUAGAACUUAGAACUACUUAAACCUAACUAACCUAAGGACAUCACACACACCCAUGCCCGAGGCAGGAUUCGAACCUGCGACCGUAGCAGUCCCGCGGUUCCGGACUGCAGCGCCAGAACCGCUAGACCACCGCGGCCGGCUACACAGGUCCAAUUUUCAAACAUCAUUGAGAUUAUUCUGAUGUUUGUAAGUACAUAUACUUCUGUUGUCUUAUGGUCUUGAUUGCUAGAACAGAAAAAAAGCAGAAGGAAUUUUAUUCUUAAACUAUGUUUUGAAAGUUACUUGCUGCUGACAAAUAAGAGGAAACCUAACGCACAAACUAUUCAUCACACAUACAAUACACAACCAUAUCUGCUGACAGCAGAGCAGUUUUGAAAAGAACCAUGACUGUAGGACAUGCCAUAACACUUUUAUUGUAUUAAAUAGCUUAAUAAUUUAAGGCAUUCACCCUUUCAUGGAUGCUGACGGUAUAUCUAAAAAGCCCUAACCUAUAAAUUAUAUUCUUGAGCUUAGAAAUCCAGCUGGAAAGUCACACAACAAAUGUAGAUCUGGCAUAGGGAGAAGUUGAGGUGCCAAUUGUAUAUAUUUUUAGAUACUAUUUAUCAAAUACUGUGAUCUUAAUAACUAGUUUAGCACUGUAUUAAAGCAGCUGUAUCUAAAUGUGUGAAUUAUAGGUAUAACAUCCGUUUUUAUCAAUUUUUUUGUAUAUAAAUAUUUGUAAUUUGUUUGUUCCAUUAGUGAACUGGCUCAGUAUGUUUUUUUUCUGUUAUUAGUGAAUUGUGAAUAAACUUAUUUUUAUAUUUUCAAAAGUCUCUUUUUCAUCAAUUUCAAAUAUUUUUGUAAGUCAUUUUCAACAAACAUGUCCAUUGCAUUACUACAUUUUUAAACAAAAAAGGCUAAAGAAUUCUGUUUCAUAUGUAAUUUUUCAGUACAGAAGUGAGCAACUGCUGUUUCACAGACUUUCUACUGUUUGAAGCUGCUUAAAAACAUUCUUGCACUCUUUUAGGAUCAGAAAAAUACCAUAGUUACCCAAUUGCAAAUUUGCUUUCAUAAUUGCUUUUGUAAAUGUGCUUAAAUGUGCCAAGUGAUGAGAUAUAUUUGUAGUUUAUAAGUAUAGCUUCUGUCCUGUAAUGUGUACACUGUAAACAUUCUGUUCCUUUGUGGUGCCUGUUUUGAAAUGAGAAGCUGCAGUAUGCACUGAAAUUCAUCAUGCAUUUUUUAAAGGUUUUGCUCAUUUUUCUUAGCAGCUAUGUUCUUUGAAAUUGAUUGCAUCACAAAUGAAAUGCAACUAAGAGCAUAUCGAGUGAUCAGAAAAAAAAUCAGAAGUCAUGACAUUUUACACAUAUUGAACAUAAUCAUUCCAGGCUUUUUGAAAUGCAUGUUAUUUUUAUCUGUAAUUUAUUGGAAAACAUGGGAAUUUUUUUAAAAGUAGUUCUUCCUAUCAAUGUGUUUAUUGUAAACUGUGUUCUGCCAGUGGUUCUGGUUCAGUAGAAAUAUUUGGUCAAAAAAUGUGGAUAUUUAAAAAAAGAAUACACUAGAAUUGAAUGUUAACAUAUUAGCUGCAGAAUGCUGAAAGAACUGUAAUUACUGAAAUUUAGUGCUGUACUAAAGAAAUUAAUAAAUGUGGAUGAUUA